AAACGAAAAACGCGAAUGAUUAUUUGACUGAGUAGUGUACCUACUAUGUUAUGUAUGCCAAUCCGUAAAACAAUCCGAUUCUUUACCAUUCUAAGUAUGAUGAAAGGCAUUUCAAAUUUUUUAAAUAUAAUGGGAUCAAUACUUACUUGAAGGUGAAUAGUUUUUGAUAUCUAUAAGUAGAUUGUAUGAUGGUAAAUAGAGAAUUUGUUGCGUCUCGAAUAUAGGUAGGUAUUGUUCCAACAUGCCAGCUUUCAUUCAGUACCUAAUUUUACUCUUGAUCUCAAUCAAUACAAUUGUCCACUGCCGAGAGCCAUUUUUAUUUACCGAAGAUAUUUUGGAGAAAUCCCAUGGUAAAAUUAUUUUUUCAUCAGUGAUUUUUCGACAUGGAGACCGUUCACCAACAAAAUUGUAUCCUAAUGACCCUUAUAGUAAUGAAAAGUAUUGGCAAAUGUGUUGGCCACAAGGGGAUGCACAGCUGUCAAAAAUUGGCAAACUACAAGAGUACAAUUUAGGAAAAUGGUUUCGUAAAAGAUACAAUUCUCUGAUACCCAACGGAUACAGAUACGAUCUAUUGAUAGCUGAAAGUUCGAACCUAGAUCGUACAAUAAUGAGUGCUGAGUGUUUCCUGGCUGGAUUCCUUCCUCCUUCAUCGAGUGAAACGUGGGCAGAUGACGGGUUGAAAUGGCAACCAGUUUCGGUUCGUGCAAUUCCGCUAGAACUUGACAAUAUAUUUCGUUUUGGAAUCAAGUGCGAAAGAUACAAUUUGGAAGAAGAUCAAUUCAAUAAAUCUCCCCAUGCAUUAGAUUUUUAUUUGACGCAUCAAAAGCUGUUAAAUUACAUCGCGGCCAAAUCCGGAUAUAAUAUGUCAUCGGAUAAUGUUUUAAAAAUCAUCCAUGAUGCUUCAGAACUACACCAGGCUUUAUUUAUUGAACAAUCGUGUAAUUUGACAUUACCAGAGUGGACGGAUUCCAUAUACCCUGAGCCUUUGAUACGAUUUGCAUCGCUCGGGUUUUUAGUCCAAGCGUACUCGCUACAAAUGCGAAGAAUUAGAGUUGGUCCUCUACUCGGUAAACUGAUACAAGAAAUGGAAAUGAAAAUUCAAGGGAAACUGAAUGCAACGUUCCAUUUUUAUUCUGCCCACGAUACCACUAUCGCUGUACUACUAACUGCCUUAGAAAUGUAUCAGGAUAUCUUCAUAUUACCUCCAUAUAGUUCGUCGGUAAUAAUUGAAUUGAGACAACAUAAUGGAAAUAACAUUGUGACGAUUUUGUACAGGAAUUCGACCACUGCGCCACCUCAGCUUCUAUAUUUACGUGGUUGUGAUCAUGUCUGUACAUUGGAUAAGUUCAAAACAUUGACUCAACAUAUUAUACCAGAGAAUUGGCAUGAUGAAUGUGAUGCAAGUUUGGUCAAAGAAAAAAAUGAGCGAAAUAAUAUCAUAUUUCAGGAAAUUAUUAAUUCAUUAGGUCUCAACGUAGAAACCAGACAGAUGGAGACUAAUAAUUAUUUUAAUUUGCCUAUUUGUCGCGAGUGUAAUUCCAAAAUGGCAGCUUCUAUUCUGUUUCUACUUUUACUUUCAAUUUCGAAUAACAUAAUUGUUUACUGCGAAGAGCCACUUCUCUUCACCGAAGAUAGUUUGAAGAACUCCCAUGGAAACGUUAUAUUUUCAUCAGUGCUUUUUCGACAUGGGGAUCGAUCACCAUACGUUUUUUAUCCUAACGACCCUUAUAAUCAUGAAUUGUAUUUCCAAAAGUACUGGCCAGAUGGGAUAGGACAGCUAACAAAGGUAGGUAAGCUUCAAGAAUACAAUUUGGGAAAAUGGUUCCGCAAAAGAUACGAUUCGCUGAUACCCCAGGGAUACAGAUACGAUCUUUUGAAAAUAGAGAGUUCAGACCUAGACCGUACAAUAAUGAGUGCUCAGUGUUUCCUCGCUGGAUUCUUUCCUCCUUCGAUUAGCGAAACGUGGGCGGAUGACGAUUUGAAAUGGCAACCGGUUCCAAUACGUGCAAUACCACUUGAACUUGACAAUAUCAUUGGCUUUAGAGGGACAUGCAAUAGCUAUAUUUUGGAAAAAGAUCGGUUCAAUAAGUCUCCUGAAGCGCAAAAUUUUUAUUUGAUGCAUCAGAAGCUAUUCAAAUACAUCGCUGCCAACUCGGGGUACAAUAUGUCACCGGAUAAUAUUCUUCAAACUAUUGAAAAUGCCUAUGUCUUGUAUGACACUUUGUUUGUUGAGAAAUCACAUAAUUUGAAAUUAUCAGAAUGGACUGAACGCAUAUAUCCGGAGCCUCUAAAACAAUUUGGAUCCCUCGGUUUUUUAAUGGCGGCGUACUCGCAUCACAUGCGACGGAUUAAAACUGGUCCUUUUAUUGAUCAACUAGUAAAGGGAAUGGAAAUGAAAAUUCAAAAGAAAUUGAACGCAACAUUUCAUUUUUAUUCUGGUCAUGAUACUACAAUCGCCUCAUUACUUACUGCGCUUGAAAUGUACAAGGAUAUUUUCAUACUCCCUCCAUACAGUUCGUCGUUAAUUUUUGAAUUGAGACAGAAAGACGAAGAUCACUCUGUGACGAUUUUGUAUAGGAAUUCGACCACUACACCACCUAAGCUUUUACGUUUGCGUGGUUGUGACCAUGUCUGUACGUUGGAUAGGUUCAAAACAUUGACUCAACAUUUGAUACCAGAAAAUUGGAAUGAUGAAUGUGAUGCUAGUUCGGUAAAAAAAGAAGAUUCGCGAAAUACCUCUUUCCAGGAGAUGAUUACUUUACUGGGUCUUAAUAAAGAAACUACAUAGAAAGAUGAUAAGUAUAAAAAUUAACAACUUUGUACCUACUGCAGUGUUCACUCUCAUUUGAGUACCUAUCUUCUCUUAAGUAGGUAUUGUCUUUCCUACAUGUUUUUUUCAUCUCAUCUAUCUCACCUAUUAAUUUUUCCUCAAUUCCAACUUCGCAUGUUUUUUCUUCUGUCAACAUUCCACAUGCCUACCCACCAGUUACAAUACAGCAAUGAUUGAGUAUAUGUAGUAUGUGCAUCAUAGCUACAAAUACGGACCAGUUGUUAUGGUCUUUUAUCAAUCAUUCAUAUAUGUACUUGAAUUCAUGCGUAGAUACCUACUUAUGCAUUGAUCGCCUUAGAAACUAGAAAUGAAUAAAAAUAAAAAAUAUAUAAAAAGUAAAAAAGAUAA